GGCACUGACUUCCGGCGAGCUUUUUGCAAAAUAAAAUCCAUUUUCAAAAUAAAGGUGUAGUACCACGCCGAACGUAAAAUGAAAUUUGGCCUCAUUCCCGCGACCAAAAUCAAUUAGGCUCGAGCGUUUACGUCACAGCAGCACGGGAUCGUGCGAGAUUUGCGACAACGCAGCCAUUUCGGAAGCACGUCUGCAUCACGGGACAUUUAAACUUAACUGCAAAUACAAUUCAACUACGAGUGUCAAAGAUGGAAAAAUGUAGGGAAAACUUGCCAGUUCGAUACAGAGACAAACUUGUUACCACGGCGAAGGACAGAUAUGUGAGCAAUUUUAAGGAUGUGAACAAUGUUGACCCUCACGAGCAAGCCGAACACAAAUGGAAUAAAAAUGUCGACAAGCUUCCACCACUACGCGAAAUGGACAUCAUGCUGUAUUUAGUGUUUGGUGUAAGUUACUACACUCAUCAGCAAUUCCAAAACCACAAAUCGCUACAAAGCUACGAACAGUUUUACUGCGGAUGGCUGCAGGAUCUGCACAUUAUGACCAUAGCAAACAGCAACACCAUCUUUCUAGCAAAGAUAUCAGGUUGUAUGCACGGGACAUUGGCAUCGAUCCGGAGCGUGAACCGGAGCUUUUGUGGCUUGUCAGAGAAGCUAUAUUUGCCCGACUGCCUCCAGGCUGGGCUAAGAGCCAGGAUGAGACUGGGAAGCCAAUCUUCCACAACCACUAUUUGCAAACAUCAACUAAUGAACACCCCUGCAAAGCGCAGUACCGUCAGCUUGUGGCCCAGGAACGUGAGCGAAUACAGCGCAUGGCUGCUGUUGGAGGUGGUCAACUGGGAAAGAAAGAGAACGAGGAGGCUAAUAACAUACAAUCAGGAUUUUUCUGCAAUGGAUUCGUGAGUGUAAUCGACAGCCGGUACGAAGAAAAGUCACCUUUCACACUGAGUUUCGAUGAUGAAGGAAACAGUGUAACAUCUGAAAAGGAGGACUUUGGAGUUACUGUUAGUAGCAGUCAAACAGAAGUGACAAGGUCAGAAAUGCAGGAUAGCACCCAUUCUACGUACCAAAGUAGUGAAUUACUACUGCAACAGUUUCCGGAACGGUUUUUGGAAUCCAGCAAUUCUGUUUUGUCUGACAGUCAUCAGGGGAUGGAUGUUCAAGGGGAGGAUGAUAGGCCAGAAAGUUCGAAGAGCCAUGGUCAAUUACGGCAGAAAUCUCGUGAAGAAGUCCAGUUUCAUUUACUCAAGAGCACUGACGAUGUCGGGAGAUUGGAAGGUGAAAGGGUCAAGGGGGAAGUGGAUCUUAUCAAUUUUUCACCUGAACUAUCUGGGGAAUUUUCGUAUUCCAUCAGUUCUACCAGUUUUGUGGGGAUGAGUAUUAAAGGGGGAGAGAGCGAGGAGACCGAGGUUACUAAGAGCCAAUAUGAGUCAGAGAACGAGUCUUCUGAUGAAGAUGUACUCAGCUGUUCAACAGAUCAGAAAAAUUGCCACCUCCAGUGCUAUAAUGUUUCCGCUGUCGGAGCCAAACUGUCCAAGACAGAAUUGAUGCCAGCCCAAACAACUGUGGACAAGACCUGGUCUUUGGACAGCAGUCGAGGAUCGCAAAAGCCACCGUUUGCAGAUUCCAUUGCUUGUGGUUUCCAUGACAGUACGCACUUUAUUCAGAUCAAAGAAAGGAAAGAUUCUGAGAAGAUAGUGGUUUCCAAAAGUACUGAGGAUGUUGGACAAUUAGGAGCCAAACUGGAGGACCAGCCAAGUAAAGCACAUACACUUGCAGACUACAACGUUUGUGUUUUCCAUGACAGUCAGCACUUUAUUCAGAUCAUAGAAAGAAAGGAUAGUGAGACGACUGUGCUUUCCAAAAGUACUGAGUCUGUUGGACAAUUAGUUGCCAAACUGGAGGAUCUGUCAAGUAAAACACCUACAGAUUCAGCAGUGGCCAUCAGAGAUGGAGAUCUAGCGGAAGAGCUAACCGAGCUUGAGGCACAAUCUCAGAGCCCUGAAACACUACAGCAGGAGGUUUCAGAGAGAGACUCCAGCGAUUCUGUUUUUGAGACAGAGACUAGUAGUAAAAGCCAAGGUGAGUCAGGGAACGAUUCUUCUGUUGAAGAGGUCUACAGUGACAUUGUGGCUCAGGAACACAUACUGUGUGAUAGUACUGAUGGACAUUCGGAAGCCAAACACAAAGUAAAGAAGGAAGAGGAGUUUACCAGCACAACUGGGAUAUUCUCAACGUCCUAUGCCAGUGGUCAUGAAUUUAUCCAGUGCAAGGAUUUUCUUGGGGUCUCAAAGGUAGAACUAGACAAGGACAAAAAGGAACUUAUCACAACAACUGCACUGUUGACAGAUUUUUUCGACUCAGAUGAUUCUGUUUCCGACACUGACAGUCAGACAGAGACAGAUCAGGACUCUAAGAGUCAAGAUGAAUCAACACAUUCCAUUGAGGGUUCUGGUUCUGAACUGGACAAGAAAAAAGCGAAGCCUAUCAAGACACCAGAAGUUUUGAAAGAGCCGUUAUUGGGACAGGAGAGAAUAAUUCACGAUAAGCUGAGCAAAGAACACAACCAAAAAGACAACCUUUAUAUAGAAGAAUGCCUAGUUAGGCAGACUGGAAUGAGAUUAGUUUCGUAUGAGGAGAAACUGAGUAGGGAGGAAGAGGAGGAAGCAAGGAAAUUAUUAAAGGAGAAGGAGAAAAGUCUACAGCUCCGACUGGAAGCUCUGAAAAAGAAGGAAGAGGAGAUGCAGCGGUUUGAAAGGGAGCUGGAUAAAAAAAUGAUUCUCCAGAAAAAGAAACUCUGUAUGGAUGCGGAUCAAUUAACGAAGAAAAAAGAGUUGCGUACACUCUUCAGUCAGGAGGAGCUCAUGAGAAUGCAUCAACACCGGGACAGGUUGAGCAAGGAGAAAGAGAAAGAAAUGGAGCAACUGAGGAGGGAGGAGAUGCGUAUACAGCGACAAAAGGAGAUCAGGAGAGAACAAGAGGAGGCAUUGCAAUUAAUGAGGGAGAAGGAGACAAGAAAUCAGAUUUCCCAGGGAGGACUGAUGAGAAAGAAAGAAGCGGAGCAGUUCAAUAAGAAGAUGGAAAUGAAAAUACCCCUCUGUAUAGAGCAGUUGCGCAAAGCACAGGAAGAGGAAUUUGAACAUUUGAGGGUUGAUCGGAAGAUAAAAAAUUAUUGUCAAAAGGAGGAGCUGAUGAAAGAAGAAAUGGACGAAUAUUUGCGUUUGAAGAGGGAGAAAGAGACAAGAAUCUGUCGACGAAAAGUCGAACUGAGGAGAGAGGAAGAGGAAGAGGCACAGCAACUGAAGCAAGAGAAAGAAAAGAGACUUCGUCUCCGUCGGGAAGAGUUAAAGAAAGGUGAGGAGGAGGAAGAGGAAUGGUUAAAGAGGGAAAUGUAUAACAUAAAAUGUUUCCUCCAGGAGGAGCUUAAUAGGGCUCGAAAGGAGACAGAGCGAUACUUGAAAGAAAGGCAGAUAAGAAUGCAAUCCUGCCUGCAGGAGCUCAGGAGAGAAGAAGAGGAGGAGGCAGAGCAGAUGGAGAGAGAGAAGGCAAUAAGAAUCCGCAAACAAAGAGAGGCGCUGAUGAAGGAGGAAGAGGAUCAGAUAGCGCAACUAAAGAAGGAGAUUGAGCAAAGAAUCUGCCACUGCUUUGAAAAGCUGAGGCGAGAGGAAGCGGAGGAAGCGGAACAACUGAGGCAUAACAAGGAGAUGAGAAUCCAGAACCACCUGAAUGAGCUCCAGAGAGAGGAGGAGGAAGAGGCAAAUAUUUUGAGAAAGGACAAGCAUGCUAGAUGUAUUCUCUGCCAGGAACAACAUACGAGAGAGAAGGAGGAACAAGAGGAAGAGUUUCAAAAAUACAUUGAAAGUUGCAAGCGUCAACUUGAGGAGGAGCUUCGCAGGGAGGAAGAGGAGGUUGAGAACAUUAAGAGGGAAAAGGCGAUGAGAAAACAAUUACGCCAACAAGAAGAACGCAAGACACUUGAAAAGGAAAAAGAGAAAUUGGAGAGGGAACGAAGACUACAGAUGCAGCAGGAGGAGCUGAGGAGAGAAGAGGUGAAUGAGCAGUUAAUGAGGAAAGAGGAAUUGAGAAAGUCUCUCUUGAUUGAUGAACUGAACAGAGAGGCGGAGGAGGUGGCGUGGCUUAAGAGGAGCAAAGAGGUGAGAAUCAGGCUUUAUGAGGAAGGACUGAGGAGAGAGGAAGAAGAUGAGAUAGAAUCUUUGAAGAAAGAGCAAAUGGCACGAAUGAGUCUUCACCAGGAGGCACUUAGAAGAGAAGAAGAAAACGAAAUGGAGCAGUUACAGAGGGACAGACAGAAAAGAAUGCAUGUCUGCCGAGAACAACUGAGAAGAGAAGGGAAUGAAUUGGAAAAACUAAGGAGGGAAAAGAUAAAAACAGAACAGAACCUACUGAAAGGACUACGUGAAGAAGAAAUUGAGCAACUAAAAAGGGAAAAUGCCAUGGAAAAAAAUCUCCAGGGUGUGAGCAAUGAGGGAAAGGAAACAGCGCGAUUGCAAGGGGAAAGGAAGAGAGAAAGGAAAACAUCAUUGCUUUGCCAGGAGUCUAGCACAGAAGAAAAGGAUGGACUGUUUUUGAGGGAGAAGAAAAAAACAAUCCUUUAUGAAGAGGAACUGAAAAGUGAGGACGAGGAACAUUGGUUGAAAGAGGAAAUCCGAAUGUUGCUCCGUAAAAUGGAAAAAGAUCACAAAGAAAAAAUGGAGAAUAAAAGAAUGUCAUGGCUCUGCCAGGAGUGUAGCACGGAGGAAGAAUCUGAAGGGCUGGAAAGUGAAGAAAAGUCAACACCCAAAGAGAAGAACCUAAAGAGCAGGGAGAAGGAGGUAGAGCAUUUAACAAAGAUUGAAACUCCUCUCCAAUUGGAGCUAAGGAAAUCAAAAGAUGAGGAAAAGGUGUACGUUUCAAAGGGACAAAAGCAGAAAAGAAGGUCCGUUUGCAUUGAAGAACUGAAGAGUGAUGAAAUGGUAAAAGUUGAACAAUUACAGAGAGAAAAGAAGAUAAGGAUGCACAAAUAUGAAGAGGAGCUUAAAAGAGAAGAAGAAAUUGAGGCGGGCAAUUUAAAGAGAGCAAAGGAGCAAAGAAUACGUGCCCUCCAGGAAGAGCUGAUGGUAGAGGAAAUGGAGCAGUCAGAACAGUUAAAGAGAGAGCAACAGAUGAGAAUUGGUCCCCGCAGUACAGAGCUGCAGAAGGAUGAGGGUCAGCAGUUGAAAUGGGAAAAUGAAGAAUUGAAGCGAGAGGAAGAUGAGGAAGCAGAACAGUUAGAGAUCGAAAAGGAAAGUAGAAUGUCAUGUCUUCAGGAUGAGCUGAAGAGAGGGACAGAGGAGUUGAUUGACAAAUUUAAGGCUGAGAAGCAGAAGAGAAUGCGUCUUCGACAAAUAGAUCUGUGGGGAGAAGAGGAGGAGAGAAAACUGAAGGCUGAGUACAAGUAUAGGCUGAGAGCUUUACGACAGUGUCUUCUGGCCAAGAGGAGAGAUGAGGAGAUCCUGUUCAACAAACUAUUUCAGCAGGAGAACUUGACAGAUUCUGUACGGGUGGAAAGAAAGGAUGAACGAUACAAUCUCAGACAGGACCGUGAAGCUGCCCUAAGAGCCCUUUGCCAUGCUCUUGAAGAAGAACGGGAAGCUAAACGUGACAGGUUUAAGGCUCAAAGGAGGCAAUUCUUGCAGCAACUUAAGGCAGAGUCAAAAGAGGACCUGCAUGCACUGCGAACAAGACUCCAGGAAUGCGCUGGGGAGAACCUGAACUUUAUGACACCUGAGGCACAAGAGAAGACCUUGGAUUCUGUCUUUUUCAGCACCUUCCACCUAUCGACUGGUGCAGCACCUGAACCCCAAAUUGAGAAACUUGGUGGUUUCCGACUAACUCCUGAGAGGACGCACAGCACACAUUUCACAACCUUGACACCAAGUCCCAUAGCGUCUCCUUCAAUGACUACCAACCUUGCCACACAUCCUGCACUGAGUACACCAGAAUCACUGUUCUGUCAUCCGAGAGCAGCAGUACCUGUAGAUCCAUUCACAACCACACCUCUGAGAGAAACAUAUCUCGCCAGUCCUCCCCCUGGAUUCUGCAAUCAGCUGAGUCUGAAUAAAUUCAAUGAGAUCACGGUUUAUCGUUUCCGAAGACAAAACCCACCUUGUGAACACAUUCUUACCAUACAAUAA